AUGGAAAAGGAUAGACAAGACAUGCAACACGAAAUCUGCCUCCUCACAUUUCACGAUAGACUAGGGUUCGCUCCUCCUUGCGACGAAGGCGCCAAGGUCGGCCGUGUUCUUGACCUUGGUACCGGGACAGGCCUCUGGGCCAUCGACUAUGGUGACAACCAUCCAGAGACGGAAGUGUUGGGCGUUGAUCUCUCUCCUAUCCAGCCACAAGAGGUGCCUCCUAACGUUCAGUUCGAGGUCGAUGAUGUCGAGGAGGAGUGGCUGUACUCCCGGCCUUUUGACUACAUUCACCUUCGAUUUAUGAAUGGCUCCAUUUCGGAUUGGAAGAAGAUCAUUCAAAAAGCCUACGAUAACCUCGUCCCGGGGGGCUACUUCGAGAUCCAGGAGUCAGAGUUCAUUAUCAGAGCCGAUGAUGACACUCUGCCUCCUGAAAAGCCUCUGGCUCAAUUUGUUUCGCUCAUUCGAGAAGCUGCGGAAAAGUUUGGUCGCAGGUUCGCGCCUGUCUCUGAGAUGAGGGAGCAGAUGGUCGAUGUUGGAUUCGAAAGCGUGCUCCAGGAGAACUUCAAGUGGCCUUCUAACCCAUGGCCCAAGGAUGAGCACCACAAGCGAAUUGGCGAGUGGAACUUCCACAACUUCGUGGAUGCCGCUGAAGCUAUGGCUCUCGCACCUUUGACCCGCGUCCACAACUGGACGAAGGAGGAGGUCCAAGUUUUCCUUGUGGGUGUUCGUAAGGACAUGAGAGACAAGCGAAUCCACUCGUACAUGCCCAUGUAA